GCCUGUAAUUGCUGGCUUAACGAUGAAUUUGACGCAUAGUUGCUCCCCUUUAUGGGUGGUAUCAUUAAGCGGAUGGCCGUCUCCGCUCGAAGAGAUCGCCUCGUUUAAUUUCAAUGUUCGUCGAGUCGAGUACAACACGCUCGUGGACAAAAGAAUACGGCAGUUUCGCAGAGGCGUCCUCGGUGAACUGCCUAUGGUAUUUCCCUCUGCCGCCAGUUUACUGCCUCGCCUGGAUCUGCCUCGACGUUUUAUUAUGCACGGCCAGCAUCAUGCACUUGUGCACCAUAAGCGUGGACCGAUAUCUGAGUCUACGGUACCCCAUGAAAUUCGGCCGGAAUAAAACCAGGCGGCGGGUUAUGCUGAAGAUCAGCUUCGUCUGGCUUCUCAGCAUCGCUAUGAGCCUACCUCUCAGUCUGAUGUACUCGAAGGAGGACGAGUCGGUGCUGGUGGACGGUGCCUGCCAAAUACCAGACCCUCUGUACAAGCUGAUCGGCAGCAUAAUCUGCUUUUACAUACCGUUGGGCGUGAUGCUGCUUACGUACGCGUUGACAGUGAGACUGCUGGCGAAGCAGCAGCAGAAUAUAGGAGGAACAGCAGGUUGGUCCUCCGGAUGGCUGGGUGGCCCGCAGGGCCCACCGCCGGGAGGUCUGGACAGACGGGGCACGUGGAAGCGAUUCCUCCUGAGCAAGAGCUCCGCGGGGAGCGGCGGCACGCCGCAGCACACUUCCGGCACGUCGACCGACACCGAGCUGACGACGCUCGACACCCACGAGCUUUGGCUACCGGAAAGCGAGCCGCCACCAUCGGCGGUGUUCGCGCUUCACGCGUUCGGCGCCGAGAUGCUGAAGCUAUCGAGAGGGUUGGAGGGUAUCGCGAGUCCUGGCAGUCCCACCCCUAUGGGAACGCCGAGGUCGACGCCUCAACACUCGGCUCAACAUCACCAGCAACAGCAACAGUCGCAUCGGUGCAGCUUUCGACACGGGUAAGAGAGAUUGCGACGGUGUAUAAUUAAUCGUAGCUUCGUCUACGAAUCGCGAACCAGUCGCUCGUGAAGGUGUUCGAACGUUCGUGGGAAUUUGAUUGGGGCGCGGCUUCGUUUGAAACUAAAUUUCAGUCAAACCUGAUCAAACCUCCUAGUGCCGAACGAUGCAUCUUCGUUAUUAUUA